AUGAGCUCUCUCAAGUUUGUCGUGUCCUCUUUGGACGCCAUUGCAACCUCCAAAGAUGCGCAACGCAACAAGCAGCUCGCCGAGUCUGCCAACAAGGCCCUCGAUGCCAUCAAGGAGCAGGAGCAGCUUCCAGAUCCCGAAAUCGUCUUUGCUCCCUUGCAACUGGCCACAAAGUCGAAUAACCCCCAGUUGACAACGACUGCUCUCGAUUGCAUCGGCAAGCUGAUAUCCUAUUCCUACUUCUCACUUCCCACCAAAGGAGACCCUGGAGAUGCCGAUGACAAAGAACCCGCCGCCCAACGAUUACCACCUCUGAUCGAGCGAGCCAUCGAUACGAUUUGCGACUGUUUCCAGGGAGAAACCACAGCUGUCGAGAUUCAAUUGCAGAUCGUCAAGUCUCUACUUGCUGCCGUUCUCAAUGACAAAAUUGUCGUGCAUGGUGCUGGUCUCCUCAAAGCUGUCCGCCAGGUCUACAAUGUGUUCCUGCUGUCAAGAAGCACUGCCAAUCAGCAGGUCGCUCAAGGCACCUUGACGCAAAUGGUUGGGACAGUCUUCGAACGUGUAAGGACGAGACUGCAUAUGAAAGAGUCUCGGCUGAGCCUGGGAAACCUGAAGCUUAGCUCGAGUAAUAUCACCUUUGACCCCAACGAUUUAGCAAUCAGCAGGCAACUGGGCCCCGAUGGCGAGGAGUCACCUGCGCCUACGUCGGAGCAGAAUACGUCGAAUCAAUCCAACGGCGGCACCAAGCUCACAUUGAAGGAUCUGGAACACCGGAAGAGCUUCGAUGAUUCUGCGCUCGGCGACGGGCCGACAAUGGUCACGAGAUUGAAGCCUGCCAACAAGGAGGACUCCUUUGCGCAUGGUCAAUCAGAACCUGAUGGUUCGACACAGGAAGACAUGGAAGAUCUAGAUGCCGAGGAUGAAGUGUACAUACGAGAUGCCUACCUCGUAUUUCGGUCAUUCUGUAACUUGUCAACCAAAAUUCUCCCCCCCGACCAGUUGUAUGACCUGCGCGGACAGCCGAUGCGAUCGAAACUCAUCUCUCUUCAUCUCAUCCAUACUUUACUCAACAACAACAUCACUGUGUUUACGUCGCCCCUCUGCACCAUAAAGAGUUCCAAGAACAACGAGCCAACAUCAUUUCUGCAGGCCAUCAAGUUUUAUCUCUGUCUUAGCAUCACUCGCAAUGGGGCAAGCUCGGUAGACCGCAUAUUCGAGGUUUGCUCCGAAAUUUUUUGGCUAAUGCUCAAAUACAUGAGAUCCUCGUUCAAGAAAGAGAUCGAAGUCUUCCUCAAUGAAAUCUACCUGGCCCUCCUAUCUCGACGCAACGCGCCGGUGUCGCAGAAGCUCUACUUUGUAACAAUACUUAAUCGACUGUGUGCAGACCCCAGAGCUCUGGUCGAAACGUAUCUAAACUAUGAUUGCGACCAGAGUGUGGACAACAUUUUUCAAACCAUGGUCGAGGAUCUUUCCAAGUUCUCCACGACACCCCUUGUAAUAACAACAAUCAACGAGCAAGUAUAUGAAGAAUUGAGGGCCAAAACAUCACCCGCCUGCGAGUGGCAGCUGAAGGGUAUUCUGCCUCCCUCGUUGACGGUUUCUCAGAUCAUCCCACCACAGGAAAACGAGCCAGACUUCCCCAAGGAGUACGCGAUGAAGCGGCUGUCACUUGAAGCUUUGGUCGAAACGCUCAGGUCCCUGGUUAACUGGUCAGCGUCAGUACGAUCUGACGGUGGUGAUGUGCUUCGAUCAGAAGGAGACGUCAAAGCUUCCUCUGAUGAAUUGCGGCCAUCCAUUGAUCCUACGUUUAGCGAUAGCGCAUCUCGACUCGAGACUCCUCUACCGCCAUCUACCCCCGUUGUGGACGAUGACCCUGAUCAGCUCGAAAAGGAGAAAGCGCGCAAAACUGCGUUGAUGAACGCUAUCAGACAGUUCAACUUCAAGCCCAAGAAGGGUAUCAAACUUUUGUUGCGUGAUGGAUUUAUCAACAGCGACAGCCCUGGAGAUAUCGCCCACUUCCUCUUGAAGGAGGACAAGCUCGACAAGGCUCAAAUUGGGGAGUACCUAGGAGAAGGUGAACAACAGAACAUUGAUAUCAUGCACGCAUUCGUUGAUGCAAUGGAUUUUACCAAGAAACGCUUCGUCGAUGCACUGCGCCAAUUCCUGCAGUCUUUCCGGCUGCCUGGUGAAGCUCAAAAGAUUGAUCGCUUCAUGCUCAAGUUUGCUGAGCGCUACGUCAUGGGGAACCCCAACGCUUUCGCGAAUGCAGACACUGCCUAUGUUCUUGCCUACUCUGUCAUUAUGCUAAACACCGAUCAACACAGUAGCAAGAUUGCCAAACGCAUGAGCAAGGAGGAAUUCAUCAAGAACAACCGGGGUAUAAAUGACAAUGCGGAUCUACCCGACGAAUAUCUUCUGGGCAUCUAUGAGGAAAUCGCAAAUAAUGAAAUCGUGCUCACAAGCGAGCGUGAAGCAGCAGCAGCGGCUGGUACAGUUUCGCUCAAUCCCGCAGGCGGCCUCGCUGCUGGUAUUGGCCAAGCUUUCUCCAAUGUUGGCCGAGACUUGCAACGCGAGGCGUAUGUGCAACAGUCUGAGGAAAUUUCUCUGCGAUCAGAGCAGUUAUUCAAAAAUCUCUUCAAGAGCCAGCGCCGAAACACUACAAAGCUUGAAUCUAAAUUUAUCCCGGCCACAUCUUUCAAACAUGUUGGAUCAAUGUUUGACGUUACGUGGAUGUCGUUCUUCUCUGCGCUAUCCAGCCAGAUCCAAAAAUCUCACAACAUUGAGGUGAAUAAGCUUUGCUUAGAAGGCAUGAAACUAGCGACUCGAAUUGCAUGUCUUUUUGAGCUGUCGACACCGAGAGAAGCCUUCGUUUCUGCUCUGAGGAACACCACGAAUCUUAACAAUCCUCAAGAUAUGCAGGCAAAGAAUAUUGAGACCCUCAAGGUCAUCUUGGAUCUUGGCCAGACUGAAGGAAAUCUACUGCGAGAGUCAUGGAAAGACAUACUUAUGUGCAUCAGCCAACUCGACCGACUGCAGCUUAUUACCGGAGGUGUCGACGAACGCACCAUACCGGAUGUUUCUCAAGCGCGAUUUAUCCCACCAUCGAGGGCCGACACUUCCGACUCACGAUCGUCGACGCAUUCAAGACAGCGACCGAGGCAAAGAUCUGGCACGGGUCCAAGAGGAUUCUCUCAUGAAAUUGCUCUGGAAAGCCGUUCAGAUGACUUCAUUCGCAGCGUGGAUAGAAUUUUCACAAAUACCGCAAACCUCUCUGGCGAAGCUAUGUUGCAAUUCGCAAAAGCUCUCACCGAAGUGAGCUGGGACGAGAUCAAGGUGUCUGGUUCCAACGAGUCGCCUAGAACUUAUAGUCUGCAGAAAAUCGUCGAAAUCAGUUAUUACAACAUGGAUCGUGUUCGAUUCGAGUGGAGUAAUAUAUGGGAUGUUCUCGGAGAGCACUUCAACCAAGUUGGAUGCCACAACAAUAUGAACAUUGUUUUUUUCGCUUUGGAUUCUCUUCGGCAACUCUCCAUGAGAUUUAUGGAAAUCGAGGAAUUGGCGGGUUUCAAGUUCCAGAAGGAUUUUCUGAAGCCAUUUGAACACGUACUUGCCAAUUCGCACAAUGUCACUGUCAAAGAUCUGGUUCUACGCUGUCUUAUACAGAUGAUCCAAGCUCGAGGAGAUAAUAUCCGAUCUGGGUGGAGAACCAUGUUUGGAGUAUUCACUGUGGCUGCAAGAGAGCCUCACGAGAGCAUUGUGAAUCUUGCUUAUGAGAAUGUCAAUCAGGUCUACAAGACCAAGUUUGGUGUUGUUAUUUCUCAAGGAGCCUUUACUGACCUGAUUGUCUGUCUCACGGAGUUCUCCAAGAACUUGAAGUUUCAGAAGAAGAGUCUUGCUGCGUUGGAGCUAUUGAAGUCCAUCAUUCCUGCAAUGCUGAAGACCCCCGAAUGCCCCUUGUCACAGAAGCACAAGCCCACUCAAGGUAACACAACUGUCGAAACGCUGAACAAGUCGCCAGAUGGCCCUAAGCGGAUGCCGUCAAACACAUCAGUGGAGGAAGGCUUCUGGUUCCCUGUCCUGUUCGCUUUUCAUGAUGUGCUCAUGACGGGGGAGGAUUUGGAGGUGCGAUCGAACGCCCUCGAAUACUUCUUUUCUGCUCUCGUCAAGUAUGGAGGUGACUUCACACCUGAGUUUUGGGACAUUCUGUGGCGACAGCAACUUUACCCGAUCUUCGUGGUGUUGAGAUCGAGACCAGAGAUGACCAACGUGCUGAACCAUGAGGAGCUUUCGGUUUGGCUAUCGACGACAAUGAUACAGGCCCUCCGGAACAUGAUCACACUUUUUACUCACUACUUCGAGUCCCUAGAAUAUAUGCUUGAUCGCUUCUUGGAGCUGCUAGCGUUGUGCAUCUGCCAGGAGAAUGAUACGAUUUCUCGUAUUGGAAGCAACUGUUUGCAGCAGCUUAUUCUGAAAAACGUGAACAAGUUUACACCGGAGCAUUGGACUAAGAUAGUCGGUGCCUUUUGCGAGCUCUUCGAGCGCACGACGGCGUAUCAACUGUUCACAGCGACAAACAUGGGCUCCACAGCUUCUCUGGCUUUGCCCUCCAAUGGAUUUGAUUUCUCCGGGACUCUGAGCCCUACUGGGGAGACGACCUCGGUUGGUGAGAAAUCUCUCAAGAUCAACGGUACAAAGGAUGACUCUGUCGCCGUUUCCGACGGCGAGCCCGUCCCCCGCCAACCGUCGCCUAAGCCUAUAGACGAUGAUAUGGCAUCCACCGGCGGCAUUGUUGGCCAGCCACUGGAAGAAUUCAAGCCAUCGUCUAGCCUACAACAGCAACCUGUGGUCGUGACGGCAGCUAGACGACGAUUUUUCAAUCGCAUCAUCUCACGCUGUGUCCUGCAACUAUUAAUGAUCGAGACGGUCAACGAACUCUUCAGCAAUGACACUGUGUACGCUCACAUUCCGUCAACCGAACUGCUGCGAUUGAUGGCGUUGCUCAAGCGGUCAUUCCAAUUUGCUCGCCGCUUCAACGAAGAUAAAGAGCUUCGGAUGAAGUUGUGGCGAGAAGGAUUCAUGAAGCAGCCACCCAACCUCCUUAAACAGGAGAGCGGCGCUGCGGCAACGUACGUGUCUAUUUUAUUCAGGAUGUUUGCCGACAAUGCGCCGGAGAGAUUGGAGAGCCGUCCUGAUAUUGAGGCUGCCCUGGUGCCUCUUUGCAAAGACAUUAUUCAAGGAUAUUCUGCCCUGGCGGAAGAAUCACAGCACAGGAAUAUCAUGGCGUGGCGUCCCGUUGUCGUCGAUGUGCUAGAAGGUUACGCAACGUUUCCGGAGGAUGCCUUCAAGUCUCACAUUCCAGAGUUCUACCCUCUAGCAGUUGAACUCCUGACCAAGGACCUCGGCCAGGACCUACGCGGCGCGCUACUUAUCGUUUUGAGGCGCACAGGCGAGGUCGCUCUCGGUAUUGAAGGCAUAACCAAGGCCGGGGAAAGGAGGAGGGAAAGCAUCAUAGGCGAGACUGCCGAGGAAGUUGGCGCAGGGCAGGAUGCAUCCGCAAUGAAGAUGAUGUAA